CUUCCUUAACUGAGGGCUGAUGCCUCAAAAUCUGGAGAAGAGCCAGGCCUACCCCCGACGACGCCCUGGGCGCGACACAGGCCUGAAGAGUCCUGAGGCUGUGUCAGCCACAGCCAUGUACACCUUCCUGCCUGACAACUUCUCGUCUGUAAAGCCCAAAGCGUCAUCAAAAGAGUCGAAAUCGCUGCUGGGCUCUGUAGUGGUGGGGCUGCUGCUGGUGUUGGCCGCGGUGGUAGCCUGGUGCUUCUACAGCGCCUCUCUGCGCAAGGCUGAGCGUCUGCGCGCGGAGCAGCUGGACCUUAACCUUGGAGGUUUCUCCAUCCGCAACCAGAAGGGCGAGCAGGUCUUCCGCCUGGCCUUCCGCUCCGGUGCCCUGGACCUCGACUCCUGCAGCCGCGAUGGCGCCCUGCUGGGCUGCUCCCGCACGGCGGAUGGGCGCCCGCUACACUUCUUCAUCCAGACCGUGCGGCCCAAGGACACCGUCAUGUGCUACCGCGUGCGCUGGGAGGAGGCGGAGCCGGGGCUCGCCGUGGAGCACGCCAUGUUCCUGGGGGACGAGGCGGCGCACUGGUACGGCGGCGCGGAGAUGAGGACCCAGCAUUGGCCCAUCCGGCUGGAAGGCCAGCAGGAGCCGCAGCCCUUCGUCACCAGCGACGUCUACUCCUCCGACGCCGCCUUCGGAGGCAUCCUCGAGCGCUACUGGCUCUCCUCGCGCGCGGCUGCCAUCAAGGUCAACGCCUCAGUGCCCUUCCACCUGGGCUGGAACGGGACGGAGCGCUCGCUGCGGCUGCAGGCGCGCUACAGCAACACGCCCUUCAAGCCACCGGCCGGCCUCCCCGCCGCGCCCGAGCUCAGCUACCGCGUGUGCGUCGGCUCAGACAUCACCUCCAUCCACAAGUACAUGGUCCGGCGCUAUUUCAAUAAGCCGUCGAAGGUGCCCGCACCCGAGACCUUCCGGGACCCCAUCUGGUCCACGUGGGUGCUGUACGGGCGGGAGGUGGACCAGGACAAGGUGCAGCGUUUCGCCCAGCAGAUCCGGCAGCACCACUUCAACAGCAGCCACCUGGAAAUCGACGACAUGUACACACCCGCUUACGGGGACUUCGACUUCGACGAGGUCAAGUUCCCCAACGCCAGCGACAUGUUCCGCCGCCUGCGCGACGCGGGAUUUCAGGUCACGCUCUGGGUGCACCCGUUCGUCAACUACAAUUCCUCGUCCUUCGGCGAGGGCGUGGAGCGAGAGCUGUUCGUGCGCGAGCCCACCGGCCGGCUGCCGGCGCUCGUGCGCUGGUGGAACGGCAUCGGCGCCGUGCUGGACUUCACGCGCCCCGAGGCCCGCGACUGGUUCCAGGGGCACCUGCGGCGGUUGCGCUCGCACUACGAGGUCGCCUCCUUCAAGUUUGACGCGGGCGAGGUCAGCUAUUUGCCGCGGGACUUCAGCACCUACAGGCCGCUGCCGGACCCCAACAUCUGGAGCCGGCGCUACACGGAGAUGGCGCUGCCCUUCUUCUCCCAGGCUGAGGUCCGCGUGGGCUACCAGUCGCAGAACAUCUCCUGCUUCUUCCGCCUGGUGGACCGCGACUCCGUGUGGGGCUACGACCUGGGGCUGCGCUCGCUCAUCCCGGCCGUGCUCACCGUCAGCAUGCUGGGCUACCCAUUCAUCCUGCCGGACAUGGUGGGUGGCAACGUGGUGCCGGAGCGCACCGCGGGCGGCGGCAAGGUGCCGGACCGCGAACUCUACGUGCGCUGGCUGGAGGUGGCCGCGUUCAUGCCCGCUAUGCAGUUUUCGGUCCCACCCUGGCAGUACGACGCGGAAGUGGUGACCAUCGCGCACAAGUUCACCGCCCUGAGGGCCUCGCUCGUGGCACCGCUCCUGCUGGAGCUGGCCGGGGAGGUCACGGACACCGGCGACCCCAUUGUGCGCCCCCUCUGGUGGAUCGCGCCGGACGACGAGACAGCUCACCGCAUCGACUCGCAGUUCCUCAUCGGGGACACCCUGCUGGUGGCACCGGUGUUGGAGCCCGGCAAGCAAGAACGUGACGUCUACCUGCCCGCGGGCAAGUGGCGCAGCUAUAAGGGUGAGCUUUUUGACAAGACCCCAGUGCUGCUCACCGAUUACCCCGUCGACCUGGAUGAGAUAGCCUACUUCAUCUGGGCGUCCUGACCCAGCCCGGAGCCCGGGGACCGCACAGCUCUAACUCGCCUUCCCGCAGGCCUUUUACCCUCCAUCACAACCACCCCGUGGAUCCCCAGGAAGUCCCUACCUCUGUACCACCCUCUACCUGGGUGCUAACAUAAAUGUGCUCCACCCACUCCUGCAGGGCCAGAGGAGGGCGCGGAAGCAGCCUCCCACUCCUACGCACAACCUAACAACCCCCUUUCCUCCACUCACCCUUGUCUACAGAAACCUUUCUCUGGGGUGGGGGGGUGUGAGCUCCGAGGGAAAAGGUCAGUUCCUGUUACACAUGGUUGGAUUUUAAAAGCACAAAAGAAAAAAACCUCACUCUCCAUUCUGGCCUGGGUAGCCAUCUUAUCCUUCCGAAGUGGGGACUUGAUCCUCUUUCAGGUCCCAAAAUAGCCCCCUGCCACACUAAGAAAGGGCAUAUUCUUGGGGUUGGAAGCCAGGCCCUGAGUUCUCAGCCCUGGCCUGAACUGUGACUGACCUGAUCCCACCGCAGCUGCCGGGAAGAGAUGGGGGUACUUGGCCACAUGGAGGACUUGAUUCAGUGCCGUGCUAUCAUCAUUGUCCCUCAUUUGUGAAGAGACUCCUAACACUGCACUAACCAUCUGUGUACACACAUGCACUCAGCCUUGUGUACACAUAUGUGCUCAGCACAAAGACUUGCAAGACCAUGCAGGCCAGACUUGGUGCCUUACCCCAAGACCCUGUGUGUGUGUGUGUGUGUGGAGAGAGAGAGAGAGAGAGAGAGAGAGAGAGAGACAUCAUGUGUCGUCUCUGGAUAUGCAGAAUGAACACAACACCCCUGAAACUAGGUAACCCUGGAGGUAGGGGGCAGGGAGCAAAUUUGAGGCUUAGAUUGUUGACUUGGCCUCUUCCCAGGCAAUGUCCCUGGAGCUCUGGUAAGAAAUAAACAGCCCCUUCAUGAUUGCUCAGCUGCCUCAGUCCCUGCACAGGUGGCAGGGUGUGGCCUAAAAGGAAACGAUAGUCUUAUUCUGGUGGCGGUGUGCUUCAUUCAGCACACGCACCACACAUGCACAUCUCUGCCUGCAAACACACAUACAGGGUAAGGUCUUUCAUUUCAGCCAUUUUUCCGUUCUAAGAAGAUCAAUCUCAGCCAGAGCAUUUUUUUUUUCUGACUUCACAGCUAAGUCUGGAGAAGUUGCUUGCCAGAGCCCAGAGGUGGUAAACAGGGCAGGGCUCAGCCUCCUUCUACAGCUUGGACAGCAGAACCAGUCCCUCAGCCCCUAGAGAUUGCAUCUCUUUGCCCAGCCCUCCACCCCUCUAUUUUCUCAGUGUGAGGAAUGCCUAAUACAAUUUUAAGGGAACUCACAGGUGCCUAUCUCCCGUGCUGACUCUACCACUCUUCAACAAGCUGUGUGACCUUGAGCAAGCUGCUUAACCUCUCUGAGCCUCAGUUUCCUCAUAUGUAAAAUGGUGAUAAUAAUGCCUAACUCCCAGGUUGUUGUGGGAAUUAUAAGCACAGAUGUAUGUAAAGUGCCUGGCACAAGUAGGUGCUCAAUAAAAGGUAACUAUUACAA